AUGCUGCUGUUCCUCGCUGUCCUCUGCCUUAUUGGCAACUCUUUCUGUGCUGUUAUUCCACCGCGAGACACUCCGGGAUCCAGGACCACCAGGAACAAGCUGCUGCUCAUCUCCUUUGACGGUUUCCGCUGGGACUAUGACAGAGAUGUGGACACCCCUCACCUGGAUAAGAUGGCUCGUGAGGGGGCGACAGCCCAAUACGUCACACCACCCUUCCUCACUAUCACCAGCCCCUCACACUUUACCCUGCUCACAGGACGUUACAUUGAGAACCACGGAGUUAUCCACAACAUGUGGUUCAACACUACCACUCAGGAGAAGAAGCAGUACUACAUGGCUCAGUUUGUUGAUUCCUACUGGGACAAUGGCAGCUUACCUAUCUGGAUAACAGCACAGAGACAGGGUCUAAAAGCAGGUUCUCUGCAUUUCCCUGGCACAGCAGCAACGUACAAAGGAGAGACUGUGAAGGUUAGGCAAGUGGAACCUCGUUUCUAUGAUUAUUCUAACGAGACAGAUUGGAAGCUGAACAUUGACAAGGUGAUUGGAGAGUGGUUCCACCAACAGGACCUGGACUUUGUCUCCUUGUACUUCGGAGAACCAGAUUUGACUGGGCAUAAAUACGGACCAGAUUCCCCAGAACGUCGUGAGAUGGUCCAGCAAGUGGACCGCACGGUGGGCUACAUCCGGGAAAAGAUCCAAGACCAUUACCUUACUGAGCGGCUCAACAUUAUUAUCACUUCUGACCACGGGAUGACGAAAGUUCUGCGGGGUGGACUAGUUGAGGAAAUCGUCCUCUCUAAGAUCCCUGGCUUUAGCUUCAAUGAUAUCAAGUUCCAUCUGGUGGAUUAUGGUCCAGCUGGGAUGCUGCUUCCUAAAGAGGGGAUGCUGGAGAAGGUCUACCAGGCUUUGAAAGGAAGCCAUCCUCAUCUUCAUGUGUAUAAAAAGGAGGAGAUGCCAGCCAGACUGCACUACAGUAACCAUCCUCGACUCCUACCCAUCAUCCUCUUCGCUGAUCCUGGAUAUGUUAUCAAUGGGAUUUUCCCUGUGCAGUUCAACAAAGGAGAGCAUGGCUUUGACAAUCAAGAGAUGGACAUGAAGCCUUUCUUCAGGGUGGUGGGGCCUGAUUUCCAGAAAAACCUGGUGUCUGGGCCUUUUGAGACAGUUAAUGUGUAUGCACUGAUGUGCCAUCUACUCGGGAUAAACCCUGAAAUCAACGAUGGACACUUGGACAAUACCAAACGUAUGCUGGUCCCAAAGAAAAACAACAGAAUAAAUGUCCAGUUACAAGUGAUUGUCGGCUUAUCGGCAGUGACUGGGUUUCUGAUACUGGUGUUCACAGUGACCACGUCCUAUGCGGGGUUCAGAAGCAGCAGAAUAAAAAGGAGUUUUGAAUUAAAACACGCUGCUGGUGAAGAAAAGAAGGGCGUGAAGGAAAGCAGUUUUUGA